GGGACCAAAAGUUUCGGGUUGGACCCGGCCAUGCUUGGUCUGCUUGCACCGGAGGACCAAAGGUUUCAGGUGGGACCCCGACCCUGCUUGGCUGCACCCGUCGCAGCGCGGCACCAAAUUCGAUGCUGCGUAAUCGAGGAGACUGCCUGCUGCGCUGUCCUAUCCUGUUGGAUCUGUUCUUGCCACGUAUGACCUAAGCUCAUGGCGGAUGAAGCCCCAUUGGUUGCAUGUGGGUGAUUGACGAAGAUGAACUGCGAUCAAGCAUCCUCUGAAAUUGACUGUGGCGAAGCGGGGAGUGCAGCAGAUGGAGGAGGAGAAAGAGGAGGAGGAGGACGAGGACGAGGUAGCAGCGGCGACCCUUUACGUGGUGUCGGUGAGCAGAACACAAGCAAGAUAGUGAGUUCAAAGCCAGUACCCUCCUGGAUGAACAGCAGCCUAUGGUCAACUUCAGGAAGAGGAGGGGGAGGAGGAGGUGGUGGUGCAGACAGUGUGAAGGAGGUGGCGAAAGAUACAUCAGCAGCAGCAGCAGCAGGAGUAGGAGCAGGAGCAGGAGCAGGAGCAGGAGCAGGAGCUAAUCAACACCCAAAAAAUGAUAGAUCAACAGCAGAGCGCGCCAAUGAAUACAUUCCCCGUGUGUCAUUUGGCAGACGGUCAUCCGAAAAGGAGAAUAAUGAGAGAUGGUCAGAAGUAAUCACCUCUGCACCAAGACACGUGUCGCCACCUCAACGGCAUACUGAUCCUCCUCCUCGAGGCAGGUUGAUGUCCCCUCGAAGCCAGUCACUGCCGACCUCAAUGCUGUUCUCUGGACCUGGACUGUUUCAAAGGCUCAGAUGGGCUGACGACAACCAACUGCCAAGAAAGACUAUGCAGCAAAAGGGUGGGGUGACCGCAAGAGUUGGUGGGGAGGAGGAUUUGUGGGAGAAAGUUAUGAAGAGGGGCGAUGGGCAUGAAGAAGGAAUGGACCAUCAUGACUCUGCAGCUCUCUCUCCCUCGUCGGCAGCAACGAUGGAAGCACAGGAAGAGGUGCAGCAACAAAUUCAGCCUCGAAAACAAAUCAGUGCCAGUCUCUCCCAUGGAGCAAGGGUCUCCCAGUUCCAAGCGGAGUUGCGUAAAGAACGGGUCAAUAUAGCAGAGGUUCGAAGACUUGCAAGUCAAGGCAUUCCAGAUGGUGGGAGCCUACGAGCAGUAGUUUGGAAGAGUUCUGAGAAUUUCUGUGGCCAUGCACAGUCUGAAGCUGCACGGGAGAGAGAGGAAGCAGCAGCCGCCGCAGAGAAGGAUCUGGACGGCACACUGGAUCGCCAGGACAUCACCCACCAAGACCACCCACUCAACAUGGUCUCCAACAGCAUCUGGAAUCAGUACUUUCAGGAUGCAGAGUUGGCAGAACAGAUUGAUAGAGAUGUGAAGAGGACUCAUCCAGACAUGCACUUUUUCAAUAGUGGUGAUGAACAAGCGGAGGAGAACCAGGCGGCGAUGAAGCGGGCGCUGUUCAUUUUCGCAAAGCUGAAUCCAGGGGUUCGAUACGUACAAGGAAUGAAUGAGGUGCUUGCUCCAUUGCUGUACGUCUUCAAAACCGAUCCAGACGAAUCAAAUGCCGCACAUGCAGAGGAGGACGCGUUCUUCUGCUUCGUGGAACUGCUCAGCAAUUUCAGGGAUAAUUUCUGUCAGCAGCUUGAUAACAGCAGUGUCGGUAUUCGCUCAACAAUAUCGCGACUAAGUAUGCUUUUGCGGCGGCAUGACGAAGAGCUGUGGCGCCAUCUUGACCACACCAACAAGGCAAGUUAUUUAUAAUUUGAUAUGCUUUUUUCACCAGGUUUUUUUUUAGACUUUUUUUCAACUUCAUCUCAGACUUUUUGGAGGCUGUCAUCUCCCCCCUCAACUUUUUUUUUCCCUGACCAACAUCCGUACAAUGAGCAAGAAAGAAAUGUGAAGAUCUGCUAAAAAGACUGGAUGGACGGGAGAAAUGUUGCGGUGCAGUGUUGGCUGCCAGCCCACCACUGCUGAUGAGUAGCAUGUGCUUACAACACUCGGAAUUGUUUGGGCGACGGAGAGAAUCAAAGAAAAAGAAGAAGGAAAACACACACACACACACACACACACACACACACACACACACACACACACACACACACACACAAUGGGAGUCGUUCGUUGCACAAGGGAAAGAAUCAGAUGUCGAGUGCAACCCCUUCGGGGGCAAUUUGUAAAACACUAGCAUUCACCUGCUGCGUGUCUGGGUGCUGCCAGUAAAAGCUUCCGGCCAGC